AUGAUCAACCCCGAAUACGUCUCCCGAAAUUCCCCUUGCUCGUCGAACGAUUCUCUACUCGAAUUCGUCUACGCGACGAGACGCGCCUUGGGAGUUGAAGAAUUCUUGGCGGAAAGAUGUCCCAGGUGCCACAGAGGCAGGGAAGGCGAGAUCAUCACAACGGUGCACGCAAGGACCUGUCGAAGGGAUGGAGCACAGGUCAACAUGCACGAGCCGUUAAAAUACGCACUAUCGACAGCACUCAACGGUUUUCGCGUCAAACACGACGUUGAAAGCGGGGCACCGUUCACGGGGGAAAGAAACCUGAGCAUGGACAUCGUCAUCAGGCCAGGAGCCCUCACGAACGCAUCUUCUCCGGGGUACCGCAACAAAGGAAUACUCCUCGAUGUCACACACGCAGACCCGCAAGCACAGGUACACUUGCGGAACGGCAGCGCGACCAGCGAUGGAACCGCAGCCCAAGCAUCCGAGGCGCGAAAGCGUCAGCACUACGCUCGUCCGGGACACGUGUCCUUUGACGAACGCAGCUUUAAACUUACCACCUUAGCCGUGGAAAGCUUUGGCCGCCUUGGAGAGGAAGGUUACGAGUUCAUCGAUGAACUUGCGACACAUGCCGUGGGAGGAAGGGAUGGAGGAACGAUGGCUCUGAAAGGAGUCUUCAAGGAACGACUUCUUCAGAUCGUUUCGGUGGCUACACAGGUGGCCAUAUCUCGGCGAGUGCAGAGGUACAAGCUCGCAUUGCGCGGGCGUCAAGACGCCGAAAACAGGCGAACAAGAUCGACCUCGAACCAGUCAACGCCAAUGAUAUGGGGAUGGAGUGUAGACGCAUCGUAGAACGCGUUUUCGUUUGAAGUUGGCGACUUGUCUGAGGGUAGAUGUGACAGAUUUGCGUGGAAUAGGGUAAGAUGUUCUCAUGAACGGAGAAGGAAGGGUUUUUCCAACACGGAGAUCUAGCAUGGAUCAAAGCAUUUGUUGGAUUUCAGCUUUUACAAGCGGACAUCAACGCAGUAGUAUUUUAGCAAGCUUACGAACGCAUAUAGGAUACCAUCAGGAUUGUCAUUGGUUUUAUUUCAAGUUGAAGAGGUGAUAUUUUUCCGAUGUAGGUGACAGUAGAAAUAAAUCCCACAUAUGUUGUUGUACUUCGUAUUGGUUCAAUGUUCAUUUAGAGUAUGAGACAUUAAGUGAAAGUUUUCUGAGGUACAUCUGCAAUUGUCGGAAGGCAAAAAAA